AUGGAAAAUGGGCCAUUUGGCUUUGCAGAGAUGCGUUUUUAUGGGGUGAUCGACGUAUCGUCGGACAUCAAGCCCUUGUUGCCGACUGCAUCAGCGAAACUGUCAGAUGACGUCGAUACAGGAACCGUCGAUGUGGUGAAUGGCCAUCAGCUUUGCCCCCAUCAUUAUAUCGAAUCCAUCCGACACAAUGGUCCAGCAGCCGCGUCAGGAAUGCUGCAGGCCGGCGAUGAAUUGCUACAAGUGAACCACUCGAUACUGUACGGUGAAUCGCACGUUACCAUUCGACAAGCCCUUUCACGAGCCGUACAUUCUGGAGCCCCUGUGACGUUGGUGGUAGCCCGACGAACGCAGCAUGUUAACGUCUUUCAGCCUACCUCAGAAAAAAGUCUUCCAGCCUCGUAUCCUCUGCUCGCUUCCGGACAUGAGAAGAUCGUUAAGGCGAAAUCCGAGGUGAAUAUCCCGGAUCUGGCCUCGAACACUGAUGUUUGCGACCCAGAAGGUUUUCUCGCGGCGACUCAGACACGUUCGCUCCGAGCCGUUGGACGGGACUGGCCGUAUGGAAAAUGUUGCAUUCGUGAUCCAUCACAUCCAGGAGAAUCGGUGAUUGUGGUGCAGUCAUUAGUGCCUGGCGGACUAGCUCAAGCUGACGGUCGUAUCGUCCCGGGCGAUCGACUGCUUUUUGUCAAUCAGCACGAUCUUAGCAAUAGC